AUGUACACGGCAGACAGAGCAGAAGAUGCAAUUCUUCUUGAGGAGCAGCAGAGCUGCAUGCAGUGCAGCGACAGCAGCAGCAGUAGCAGCAGCAGCAAAAGCAUCAAACCGCACAUGCGCAGCGGCGGCGACAGCCGCAGCCGCAGCCGCAGCAACAGCAACAGCAACAGCAGCAGCAACAGCAGCAGCAGGCCUGCUAGCGACAAGCGUGGGGGCCCCCGGCCCUCCGAGUCCCCUGCUGCUGCUGUUUGUUUAAAGAAAAAGAAGAAGCAAAAAGAGUUUAAUUGGGGGCAGCAGCAGCAGCAGCGCGUGCUGCUGAAGAUAGCAUACAAUGGGGAAGCCUACGCGCGCCAGAGGUGCGAACAUCCCAAAGCCGUAGAUGAGGGCCCCCAAACCUUUUUCUUCAAAUCUGCACGAAGCAAUAUCUCCCUGUGGGGCCUCUCCUUGGCUGAGCGGGAAAAAGCGACGGUCCUGGAGCCCUUCAGGUUUGACUGUUUAUAUCGGGUGUAUAAAUACUUUUUUAAUGUGAAGGGGCUGGACUUGCAAAAGAUGCAAUUAGCUGCUCGUCGCUUUAUCGGCCUGCAUAACUUUCUUCGUUUUUGCAAGAUUGAUAAGAAGCAAGAGAGGAGUCUUUGGCGGCGAAUUAUUCGGUUUGACGUGGAGACACAAGGAGACACUUUUGCUGCUGCGACCAUCGUAGGGGUCCGCUUUAUGAUGGCGGCCCUCAUGGAGGUGGGCAGCGGCGCUCAGCCCGAAACUUUUAUUUCGGAUUUGUUAAGGGAAGGAGAAGAGACAGAAAAAGAAGCACAAGAAGCUGUUGCUGCUUCAGCUGCUGCUUCUGCUGCUGCUGCUGCUGCUGCUGCUGAGGCACCUGCAGCAGCAGCAGCAGCAGGCAGCAAGCGGGGGAAGACAGCAGCGGCACAACUAGAGGUGCAAGCAGACAGGGGAGGCCGUCAAGGAUUAAGCCCCGCUCCUGCAUGCAAUCUUGUCUUAUACGAUUGCUGUUUUGAGGGCCUCUACUUCAGUCGCUCGGGCGUUGUGAACCUCCUUAUGGAGCCCCAAGGCAGCAGCAACAGCAGCAACAACAACACCAACAACAACAGCAGCAGCAGCAACAGCAACACCAGGAGCAGCAGCAACAGCAACAGCAACGGCAGCAGCAGUUCAGGUGCAAGGGAAGCCGCAGAAGACAGAGACAACACUGAGAGAUACACGAAAGAAGACAGACACAACAAGCAAGACCCUCAACAGCAUCUCUUCGCUGAAAGUGCAAUAAAGCAAAGAACAGAGACGACUCCCCAGCCUGUUGCAGCACCUGCUGCUGCUGCAGAGGUGCAGCAAAGUCGCAGCUGCCACUUUGGGCUGCCCCCGUGCAGCACUGAAGAGUCCCGGACCUUUCAGGUGCAGCCUAUGCACGAGCAGCAGCAGAAGCAGCAGAAGCAGCAGCAACAGAGACGGGGAGCUGUCUGGCAUGCAUACUCCAUUGAAUUUGCUGCCAGGUGUCUAUACACCUGA